AUGGAGGCUGCGGACAAACCUAAGAAGCGCCAGCGCAUGAGUGUGGUCUGCUUGAACUGUAAAACCAGAAAGAUCAAGUGUGACAAGAAGAGACCAGCUUGUUCUAAUUGUGUCAAGUGCAAUGUUGGCCAUCUGUGUGAAUAUGAACCACCACACUGGGUGACAAGGGCA